CCUACUCCUCGCGGAUUGGUUAUCUGUCCCUCAAGUCCCGCGCUGAUUGGUCCGCGUCUUUGUCACUCCUUUUCAGCCUAGUGGCGCACGGCACGGCGGCAACAGGGGGGAGCGUGAGCUGCACGGGCGGCGGAAGUGGCCGGCGAGCCCGGUCCCUGCCGACACCAUGCUUCCCUUGUCACUCCUGAAGACCGCUCAGAAUCACCCCAUGUUAGUGGAGCUCAAAAACGGGGAGACGUACAACGGGCACCUGGUGAGCUGCGACAACUGGAUGAACAUUAACCUGCGUGAGGUGAUCUGCACGUCCAGGGAUGGGGACAAGUUCUGGCGGAUGCCCGAGUGCUACAUCCGUGGCAGCACCAUCAAGUACCUGCGCAUCCCUGACGAGAUCAUCGACAUGGUCAAGGAGGAGGUGGUGGCUAAGGGCCGCGGCCGCGGCGGCCUGCAGCACCAGAAGCAGCAGAAGGGCCGAGGCGUGGGGGGCGCUGGGCGAGGUGUGUUUGGCGGCCGGGGCCGAGGCGGGAUCCCGGGCACAGGCAGAGGCCAGCCGGAGAAGAAGCCGGGCAGACAGGCGGGCAAGCAGUGAGCCCCACCCGGAGACCGACCACCGCAUUGUGCCGGGUGGCGAGUUCCUGCAGUCCAGUUCUCAGGUCUGUUCCGAAAGAAGCGAAGAAGCAGGUGUUGGGGGAGCAUUUUGUGACCCUGCUCUUUAGGCAAAGUCCCUUUUUGUUUUUAAAGCCAGCUGUUCUGCAGCUAGAAUGUUGUCAUUCAGUGUGUUGGGUUUUGUGAAGUUGUUGUCCCCAUGACCAGCUGGAGCCUGGAAGAGUCUGUGUUUCAGGCACCUCUGAAGCCUGCGCCGCGCUGUCCUGUCUUCAGCAUUUCUCAGAUGGGUUUGCUUUGUAUCUUGCCGUGGAGAACAGACGGAGGUUUUUAUUUUAAGCACUUGCGGGGAGAUUGAUGGCCUUGAGAGUUCCCUUCAGCGCAGCCCAAGAUUCUGCCUUUCCAAAACAAACCUGGCCUUGCUGGGCCUGCCCUUUCCAUUCUACUCUCUUUGUAUUACAAAAAUAAAAAUGAAUGCAGGUA